AUGGACGUAGCAGAGGUGUUACCUCACUCCGGCGCCUGCGGCCUGUCUCCUGACGGCCGGUGCCUCGCCGUCGCGCAGGGGAGGAAGUUGCACCUUCGGGCGGUGUGGGCCGUGGCUCUCCCUGACUGGUCCGCCACAGUGCACGAGGAUGAGACAGCAGGCCUGGUGCACGCUGCAUGGGCGCCAGACUCGACCCACCUGCUGCUCUCCGCCGACCACAGGCUGCGUGUGACUAUAUGGAACGUCACUUCCAGCCAGUCUCCCCCACUGCACAUCCCCCUGCCCAAGCAUCCUAUCCGCUCCCUCGCCUUCUCCCCCAACCACCUCCUCCUAGCAGCCCUCCACUCGCUCCCGUCCAAUCAAACCAUGCCACCUGCCGCUGCCACCCCUGCUGUUGCUGGGGUUACAGACAUGGGUGCCGCUGCUGCUGCUGCUGCUGCUGGUGCUGGCAGUGCCAAUGCUAGAAGAACGAGGGGGGGAGGCGGAGGGGGAGGAGGAGGGGGAGGGGGAGCAGCGGGGCAGAAUCGUGACGUGGUGAGCCUGUAUGCCUGUGACACGUGGCAGGAGGUUGUUUGCUUCCGCACGGACACUGUGGACGCUGCUGACGUGGCAUGGGCAGCUGAGGGCAGCGGGGUUAUUCUGCUGCUCUUCUCCCCCUCUGGAGAGCCCCAAGCACGCGUAGAGCUGCCGUGCGAUCCAGGGGUGUGGCGUCAGACCCCUUGCGCAAUCACCCUCAACACCUCCUCACACCCCCUUUUCUUCCCCCCACCCACCCUACCUUCUCUCCCCCACCAGCUGCUGCUCUUCUCCCCCUCUGGAGAGCCCCAAGCGCGCAUAGAGCUGCCCUGGCCAGGGCUGGGGGUCAGGGCUGUUGCCCCCUCCCCUACCUUUUCACCUGGCGCUGCUUCCGUCUCCAUUGCCGAUUGCAAUGCCAACAGCAGCAGCAGCAGAGGCGAUGGUUCAGGUGCUGCUUCAGGUGCUUCCUCAGGUGCUCUGGUGGCGGUGGGCUGUUCGGCCGACCGCCUGCUGCGAGUCUUCCGGGCGGCGGAUGGGCGGCCUGUAGUUGAGCUGCCACACGUGCCAGCUGUCAAAAUUCCACUGGCUGCUGCCGCCGUUGUGUACGAGGUGGGUGGAGGAACGUUUGCCGCAACAGUGCACGCCUUCCAAUCCAUCGCUCACUCACCUCUCUCCACUCCGCCUGCCCCUCAGGAAUGCCUUGGAGUCUCAGAAGCUGCCACCACCAUGGCACCAGAUGCCGCCGAGGAGGAAGAUGUAAAAAUCGUUUCUUACCGGGUGCUUGAUCUGCCCGUUCAGCUGCCCGUCCAGAAGCCUCCAGUGGACAAGCCCAACCCAAAACAGGGAGUCGGCCUCCUACAGUGGAGUGCCAAGGGAGAGUAUCUAGCCACGCGCUGCGAUGACAUCCCGACCGUCCUUUGGAUUUGGGCGGCACGGCGCAAGUUUGAGCUGGCGACGGUGCUGCUGCAGCGGCAGCCAAUCAGAGCAGCUGCCUGGCACCCGUCAGAGGAGUACGACAAACUCGAGUCCGUCUAUAACGCGGAUGUGUCUAAGGCUCUUAAGGCGUACCAGCGAACAUGCGACCCUCUUUUUGAGAGGCGAAAGCAAAUCGUGUGUGGAGAUUCAGAGCCGACAGAGGAGGAGGCAGCCGUUGCAGACCCAGAGGAGGAAGAUGAGGAGGAAGAGGAGGAGGAGGGAGGAGGGGAGCAGCAGCAAGGAGGGAAGGUGGCGAAGGCGCCUAAGGGCGUGCCCAAGCCUGCUGCACACUUGUGUGCAGAGCUGCUGAAGGCCUCAAGACUUGUCUUUUCCUCUACCCGCUCACUUUCCCUGUCCCUAUCACCUCCCUUCUCUCUCAUCACUCCCUUCUCUCCCAUCACUCCCUUCUCUCCCAUCACUCCCUUCUCUCCCAUCACUCCCUUCUCUCCCAUCACUCCCUUCCCCUCUUCUCUACCCCACUGCCGCUCGGAGUUCAUUCACAAGCGAGACGAGGAAGCAUUGGAGAGCCUAAGGGACGUGCGGGUUCGCUUUGUUAAAGCUGCUGGUGACAGUAGCGGUGCCUCUGAUAAGGGCACAGGUGGUGCAGUUAUGCGGCUGGAGCUACACUUUGGCCCCAACGCGUUCUUCUCUAACAAAUCGCUCUAUAUCGAGACGGUGGAGGUGGCUACAGGAGGAGGCGGAGACGAGGGGGAAAUGGGGGAAGAUGAGGGGGAAGGGGGCGGAGGGGGAGGGGGAGGGUUGGUGGUGGUGGUGAAAGAGGUGUCUGAGAUUCAAUGGAAGGGCGUUGAGAAGAAUCUGACUCUGCGACAGAUUGUGAAGGCCGGGAAGAAGGGAAAGGGAGGUAAGGGGAAGAAAGGAGCAGGUAGGGAAGCCGAACCUCCCUCAACAGUCAAGACCAAGCCCUGCCCUUCCUUCUUCAACUUCUUCACUCUCUCGCGUAACAUGCGGGGCAAUAAAGCCACAGCCCAGCACAGCAGCAAAGGGGGGAGGAGCAGAGGGGGGGACGGAGAUGAGGGGGACGAGGGGGAGGAGGGGGAUGAGGAGGCGGAGGAGGAGGGAGACGAGGGAUUGGAGGGUAUGCCUGUGUUUGGGGGGGAGGAUCUGGGGGAGGUGGUUCUGAGGGUGCCUCAGGAGCGGGUGUUAUCUGAUGGCAAGAUGGACGUCUGGCAGGCGCUGUGCAACGAGGUUGUACCUAGAGCAGCUGAUCUGUUCACGAGCACAGCCUUUGGGGAGGAGGACGGGGGCGGUGGUGGUGAUGAUGAUGAUGAUGAUGAUGCUGACGUGGCAGAUGAGGAGGGGUACGAGCAUGUUCAGCGCCCAUCAUCCGGACCUCAUCGGCUGGUUCGGCGCCGGAUCAGAGCUUUGAAGCACCUGCAGCGGAAGCAGCAGCAGGCAGAGCGCACGAGGGAAGCAACCAUUGCUGGUGCUCGCGCCUCUCUGAGUGAACGCUCUUCAGGCAUCUUUGCGCGGCGCAAGGCGGUGGUUAUCGGUCCCAAGGCCCUUGACAGCGGGGAUCCCUCUCUCGCCCAUCUCCCCCGCUUCUGGCUCCUCGUCCUGCGCUCUGUGCCCUGCCUUGUCGAAACCAUUCGCCGCCGCGACCACCCUCUCCUCGUACCCUCUUUCCACCAAUGUUCCCCCCAUCCCUCUCUUCCUCCCCCCCACAGCGGUGAUCCCUCUCUCGCCCGCCUCCCCCGCUUCUGGCUCCUCGUCCUGCGCUCCGUUCCCUGCCUCGUUGAGACCAUUCGGCGCCGCGACCACCCCCUCCUUGCGCACCUCUCAGACAUUCGCUGGAGGCCACUCAAGGGGAGAGAAGGAGAGGAAGGGGAGGAGGGAGAGGAGGGAGGGGAGGAGGGGGAUGGGGAGAGGGGCGGAGGUGGAGGGAAGGGCGAGAAAGCCGAGUGUGGGAAGGGAGAGUCGGGUUUUGUGAUAGAUUUCGAGUUCCUGCCCGGAUGCAAGGAAUGGAUGGCCAAUCGCGUGCUUUCAAAGGCGUUCUUUUUCCGUACCCGGGCAGGCAGUGGUGGUGGUGGCGGCGGCGCCGGGGCAGGAGGUUCGGCUGCCGCCGAGGCUGGCGGGUUGGUUCGGGUGGUGUGUAGGACGCCGAUUGUGUGGGAGGAAGGGAUGGAGUUGACACUUAAAGAGCUGUUUGAUGACAAUCGCUGCCAUCUGGCGUUUGCUGGUGACGAGGCAGUCCACCUGUCGGCCUCCGAGUUGCUGGAGAGGGAGGCUGACGUGGCACUGGCCCUGCGUGAUGUGGCGAUCCCACGUGCUGCUGAGCUGUACAGGCAGGCAAAGGAGUGGGAUCAUGGGGAUGAGGAGGAGGAAGAGGAUGACGAGGAGGACGAGGAAGUGGAGUCAGGAGAAGAAGAUGAUUAUAACGGAGACAAGCCGAAGGGUGCUUUGACAGACGCAGCUAUCCGGAAGAAGCUUCUGGAGAGGAAGAAGAGGAAAAAGCGGGGAGGGAAGGAUGGAGAUGAGGACGAUGAUGUGCGCAUAUGUGGCCUGCCAAGGAAUGUUGCGUAUGGCCUGCUGCUUCUGCUUGCGUUCUCGGCUCCUUUCAUAAUUUUCCUUGAUGAGGUUCUUAUGCGCUUGGGGCUGUGA